ACUGAGAAGAAGAAGAAAGUGUUUCCGGUGCCUCGGUGAACUUCCGCAGUGAAGCAGACACACGUGUUGUUUUCAUGCUGCCGCUGUGAGUCCUGACGACGUGUGAGACUUCUGUGUUAGAGUUCACCAUCAAACCGCAAACAUGGGGAAGAAGCUGAAAGUCGGAAAGACGAGAAAGGAUAAAUUCUACCACCUGGCUAAAGAAACAGGUUAUCGCUCUCGUUCCUCGUUCAAACUCAUCCAGCUCAACCGAAAGUUUCAGUUUCUGCAGAAAGCCAGAGCUCUGGUGGACCUGUGUGCUGCUCCGGGAGGAUGGUUGCAAGUAGCAUCAAAGUUUAUGCCGGUGUCAAGUCUCAUUAUUGGUGUUGACCUGGUGCCCAUCAGGCCCAUUCCUAAUGUGGUGAUGCUGCAAGAAGACAUCACCACAGAGAAAUGCAGACAGGCUCUAAGAAAGCAGCUGCAGACUUGGAAGGUGGAUGUGGUGUUGAACGAUGGAGCCCCGAAUGUGGGAGCCAACUGGCAACAUGACGCCUUCUCACAAGCUCACCUGACCCUCAUGGCUCUGAAACUGGCUUGUGACUAUCUGGCCAAAGGGGGCACUUUUGUCACAAAGGUCUUCCGCUCCAAAGAUUACCAGCCGCUAAUCUGGAUCUUCCAGCAGUUCUUCAAGAAGGUGCAGGCCACUAAGCCGCAGGCAUCCAGGAAUGAGUCUGCUGAGAUCUUUGUCGUCUGUCAGGGUUAUGUUGCCCCGGAUAAAAUCGACAGCAAGUUCUUUGACCCCAAACAUGCAUUUAAAGAGGUGGAGGUGCAGGCCAAAACUGUGAAGGACCUGAUGCCUGUCAAGAAGCCCAAGGCAGAGGGAUACACAGACGGAGAUCUGACGCUUUACUACAGUUUCACAGUGACCGCUUUUCUACAAGCUGAGAACCCUAUUGACUUCCUGAGCAAAGCCAGUGAGAUCAGCUUCGAUAACCCAGACCUGGAGUCCCACUCAGCCACCAGCAUUGAGAUAAAGGAGUGUUGUCGUGACAUCAAAGUCUUGGGCCGUAAAGAGCUCCGCCUGCUGCUGAGCUGGAGGUCCAAGCUGCGGAGAUACCUGUCCAAGAAACUGAAGGCGGCCAAAGAGCAAGGCCAGGAGAUCAGUUUAAGCUCUGAUGAAGAUAAGAGUCAUUCAGACGACGAGCCCGACAAGAAGAAAGAGAAGAAGGAGGAGGAGGAGGAUGAUGAUGAAAAUGAGGAGGAGGAACUGGAGAAGAAACUGGCAGAGCUGAAGGCUGAGGAAGUGGCUGACCUCAAACGGAAGAAGAAGAAGCUGCUGAAAGAGCGCAGGAAGCUGAGGGAGAGAGUGGAGCUGAAGAUGGACCUGCCGGGCGUCUCCAUCGCAGACAGCAACGACACAUGCCUGUUUUCUCUCAGCACCAUCAAGAAGCAAAAGGUGCUGACUGAUAUAACCAAGGGGGACAUGCAGGUGGCGGAUAAUUUACCAGAUGAAGAUGAUGACCUGUACCUGUCUGAGGACGAGGAAGACGAUGCAGAUAAAAUGUCCCUGGCCUCUGAUUUAGAUGACGAGGACAUGGAGGAGGUGGAGCAGAGACAGAACGAGCUGGAGAAGAAGACACCAAAGAAGAAAGUACAGUUUGCUGAGGAAGAGGAGGACGAAGGGAAUGAGAGUGGUCUGCUGGUGGAGCUGGAGGGAAAGGAUGAGAAAAAAGAGCGAGAGACUAGCCUGUGGUUCAGCAAGGGCAUCUUCUCUGAGAUUGACCUGGAAGGAGACGCAGAGAAUGAGCUCCAACAGACUGAGUGGUUCCAGAACAAACAGACAGUAACGGGCCAAAAGAGGAAAGCUGAGGAGGAGGAGGAGGAGGAGAAGGAGGAGGCGGCGGAGGCGGCAGCUGCUCAGCCAGAUGAGGAAAAGGCGGGACCUUCAAAGGAAGCUGGGAAGGAGAGCGACAGCGACUCAGACGACAGCAGCGACGAUGAGAAUGAGAUCACCAGGAUGAAGCAAGCGAAGGGGGCUGCUGGGAAGUCAGGAGAGGCCAAUGAUGACCUCCAGGUUGUUCCUGUAGAGAGCACCAGUAAGAAAGCCAGGAUCCUGGAUGCUGAAGGCCUGGCCCUCGGCUGUCAGAUCGCUACGUCGAAGAAAAGAGCCAGAGACCUCGUGGACACCUCCUUUCAUAGGUUUGCUAGCUCCGAUGAGCCGUGGGAAGUACCUGAGUGGUUUCUGGACGAUGAACGUAAACACCGGAAGAAGCCAGUGCCUGUCACUAAAGAGAUGGUGGAGGAAUUCAAACAGAAAUGGAAGGAGAUCGAUGCCCGACCCAUCAAAAGAGUGGCUGAAGCCAAGGCCAGGAAGAAGAGAAGGAUGCUGAAAAAGAUGGAGCAGGCAAAGAAGAAGGCGGAGGCAGUUGUCAACACAGUGGACAUCUCUGAGAGGGAGAAGAUGGCUCAGCUGAAGAGUAUCUACAAGAAAGCCAACAUCGGGAAAGAAAAGAGAGAAGUCACAUAUGUCGUGACCAAAAAGGGAGCUGGCAAGAAGGUGAGGCGGCCCCCGGGCGUCAAGGGAGUCUUCAAAGUAGUAGACGGACGAAUGAAGAAAGACAUGCGGGGGAUGCAGAGGAAGGACCAACRUGUCAAAGGGGGCAAAGGAAAAGGGGGAAAAGGCAAAGGAAGACCGUCAAAAGGUGGCAAGGGAGGAAUGAAGAGCGGUAAAGGGGGAAAAGGAAAAUAAAUUUCACAACCUUGCAGAACUGCCUUUCUAUCGAAACAGUAAACAUCGCCUGUCCUCGUGUUGCUAGUGAGCAUUUAUGGAGCUUUGUGUCCCACAGUUCAGCUCCUGUAUCAUGAACAGAGGCCAAAAAUUAACCUUGGUAUUUGACAUGAUUGCCUUCUUUAUAGGAAAUCUUUGUUUAGGUUCCUUAAAACCCYGACACUUGAUCUAUGAUGUGAGGUUCUCACAGUGCUGAUGUUUUUAUUUAUGUCUUUAUGAAGAUGUGAAUUAUUCGCCCUCAGCUUCUCAAAUCGAGCUGAACUGUAUCUCAAGWUUAACUCUACAGUCAAYGUGUUCAUUUAAUUAUGUAAAUAUUACAGACACAUCUUUGCAAUAAAUAUGUUAUUUCAGUA